UAUUCGGUUCUUGUCAAAUCUGUCUAAAAGUGCUCCGUGAAGUGGUCCCUGGAUCGCAGCCUCGGAUGGACGCGGGCGGAUUCACUUGCUGCUCUUGCGUAAACCUCACUCCAGCUGGGAACUUCACGCUACGCACACCAGAUGCAAGGCAUAGGCGCCGGCUCCCGCGCCGAUCGAGCGUUGGUAUUCUAUGAACGCUUCAACGAGAGCAUCUCUGCCGCUCAAAAACUCGUCCAGAAUGCAAGCUCCAGCUCAGAGCUCACGAAGCCUCUGCAGGUCGUCUCUCAGCUCAGAGCAGACGUGACAGAGUACCACGACUUGAUACCAUCAUACGAUAGGAACACGUACGAAAACAAGCUGCGCCAGCUAGCUGCUGAGAUAACAGCCAAGCGAGCUGAGUUAGGCAAGUCAAGUGGGCGUUUCUCUCUCCGACGGGCGCCGAAGCCACAGCCUGCAUCGAAUGCUCCUUCACAUUCACCUUCCACAAAACCAGACGAAGGGACAUCGACCCCUCGUCUAUCAGCCUCGAUGCAUGCGGCAGCAGCGGAAGAAUUACACUCAAAGCCAAAGCGGGUUUUCACGGGAAAGAAGAGAGCGCGCUUGACGCGCAACGAUGCGAUCUUCCAAGACGGCACCUCCUCCGGUGAUCUGCAUAUCUCAGACUGCAUCGAUUGCUUGAUCGACCUUCGGCCGCCUCCGCCUCCGGAGGACGCAGGUGCGAGCGAUGCGGCUGCCCGAACAAGACCCAAGCUGACUUCACUGCAAGCUGUGCAACUACGCGCGAUCAAGAACUCUGUGCUGCUGCUCGGUGAGAUCGACGGCAGCGUCAUGGUGCACGGUUGCGAGAACUGCAUCAUCGCGGUGAAGAGCCGUCAGUAUCGCAUGCACACUUCAGAAAGCAUCAUCGGCCUCAUCGACAGCGCGUCUGUCAUUACAAUUGAACACUGCAGCAACCUUGCGCUCGCGCCUUGUCCGUCACCUUUACGGAAACAACGCGAUGCGUCUUCGCCCCAUUCAGUUGCAGAUCCAGACUCGCAUCUGAAUCCGACCGCUGUCACGAAUGCGCCAUCGAAAGGAAAGUUUGAAGUGCAAGACUUUGACCACAUCUCUCGUGCGACCGCGUCACCUAGUUGGAUUCUCGCAAAGCCUGAUGUGGUGGCCAAGGUCGUCGCGUGGACCGCAGAGCAACAGAAUCCUGACCAAAUGCAAUUGCAGGUCGGCGUACUUCUGGCACCCUAGACGCCCUGCUGCAACGCGCAGCGGCCCGCGGAUGUGGUGCCGAGAGAAGGGAUGCUAUACAAGUGGAGAUGUAAUCCUGUUCUCC